AAAAAAAAAAAAAAAAAAUUGCAUAGACUCUGCAAUGUUUUGCACCAAAAUAAGCUUCUCUCUCUCUUAUCUCCAUGACCCACAAACUCCCGCCUGUGGCUGGCUCGGCGUCCUCUGGGAAGGCGCAGGACCCAGGGGGCUUGCUGGCGGCUGCCUCUCCAGCAUUUUCCGUGGACUUCAUUAGCAAAAAUAACCAUGUGGCUUCCAAGGGGGACCUCCAGUGCCGGAGCCUGUAACCGCCUUUCGCUUGCAAAACCUCCUCCCCCCUGCUCACACAGGAAGUCGUGACAGCACACCCCCACACCCCUAAGUGCGUAACUUCUGUCCCCAGCGGGGCUGGCUGAACUCCCUUCCCCGAGCAGAGAACUGGGCAGGGGGCUCAGCCGGUCCCACAGUCUGAGGGCGGGAACACUCCAUCCAGCAGAGGGGGCUGGGUGCACAGGCUGCCUGCAGACUGGGGCUGCUGCGGGUUGGGGGUCCAGGUCUCCCCACUGUCAUCUGCUGUCAGUGUAGUGGGUACAACCCUCCCCAGGUUUCAUUACCCAGUGUUACAGGGCACCGUCCGCGGGGGAGGGCUGUCGGGGUACGGGGAGGAGCCUGCGUGUCCACCACCGUGCCCCGCUCCUCCUCCCCACAGGCGCUCUGGCUCGUCUCUAUCCUGACAAUUUUGUCUAGAAGUAGCAGCGCUGGGCGCAAGGGUCCCCCGUCGGGAACUCCGUGAGCUGUCCCAAGACCCCCCCCUUCUCGGGGGUGUGAGAAGCCUGUCCCCCCAGCCUUGCCUCUGUUCCUACUAGGGUGCCAGGCAGCAUGGUCUGGGGCGGUCCCCUGCGUCCUGUGGCACCAGGAGGAGCCGUCUGGUGUCUGGGAGAGCAUGGGCUCGGGGCCCCGCAGCUGGGUCACGGACCCCUGCUGUCCCUGUCCUCCACAGGUCAUCCUCCUUCUCUACGCUGGGCUUUGGUGCCCGCGUCGGGUACCUGGUGGUUACACGUGCCUGUCGGGCAGCAGCGCUGGUACCCGUGUGUGUGCCAACCUCGGCACUGCCCAGCCUCGUGGCUGGGGCUUCCCCCAUCAGGUCAACCCCUCCGUCUGCCCCAGAGGUUGUUUGAGUGGAGGCAGAGGACAAGGCCACUCUGACCUGUCACAUCACAAUGACUGCCCGGCCCUGCCCUGCCCUGCCCUGCCCAGCCCAGCUGGGGCACCCCGGGGGAGCCUGCACUCUGCCUGCCUGCCUGCCCCUGCUGUCACCAUGGGGAUGCAUCGAGACAAGCGUUCUGAACCCCACGCUGCCCGGGCCCCACCGCUGAGACAGAAGUCGUUCCCAGCACCGAGAGGCACUGUUCCCCAGAAGCCUGGCUAUCCUAAGGAGCCUCCACCUCCCUACUCUCCUCCCCUGAGGAUGCCAGGGCCGUCCCCCACGUACUACCAAGAGACCCAAGCUGCACACCCAGUCCCCUUGUCUCCCUCCACCGUGCUGAGGGGGCACCGACCAGAGGACCCGGGGUGGGGGAAGGGCCUGACGUGCCCCUCCCGUGCCCAGCACCCUACAGCACCAUGCCGAGGGUGACGACGUCCAUGCCGAUGCAGACCCUGUGUCCCUACUGUGGGAACUACGUCAUCACCGAGACCUCCAUGGUCCCCGGCCUCCUCGCCUGGCUGCUGUGCGCUGGCCUCUUUGUGUCCGGGUGCUUCCUGGGCUGCUGCUUCCUCCCCUUCUGCGUGAGGAGCUUCAUGGACGUGAGGCACACGUGUCCCGUGUGCAAGCAGGAGCUGUUCCGGCACCACCGCCUGUGACUGUCCAGAAUAAACGAGGUCGCCGCCACGCA